AACAGAGUGCAGCUUCGCGCCAAACAGUUUAUGGCUUUCACCUGUUUUCGGACAACUAAACUGACACUAAACUGCGAGAAAGCCUCUUUAUAAUGGACAUCAGGCGGUUCUUUGCACCGACAUCAGGCAAGCCUGCAGUGCAGAAACCAGCUUCAAAUGGAACCACUAAAACAGAGGAGAAGAAGAAGAAGAAGAAUCCUCUCUCUCCAGACGAGGAAGUGAAAAAGAAAAAGAAAGAGGCCACCAAGGUGAAAAGCUACAAACCAGAGGAGAAACGCAGUGACAGUGAGAAAAAACGAAAAAAGCGUGCAGUCAUAGAAUCAGACUCUGAGGAUGAGGAGCCAGUGAGCAAAUCAAAGAAAUCCCCCAAAGAGAAACAGAAGACGGGCAAAACAGAGCCACCUCCCAAAAAAGAUCCUGUGCAGUAUGUCUCUGAAACAGACUCAGACAGCGACAACUUUCAGUCCUUGAAAAAGGCCUCCAACCCCAAGCAGAAUGGCUCGGACAGACAGAAGCCAGGAGCCACAGAGGGCCAUAAGUCUCCUUUCAGGCCCUCCACCACACAGGGGAAAACUGCUGUGAAGUCUCCUCCUGCGCCCGUCACCCCUAAAUCAGCCCCGCCUCCUCAGCCCAAAAAAACUCCCACCUCAGUAUUCGAUUACUUCGGCAGUGCGUCUGUUCAGCGUUCAGACAAGAAGCUGGUAGCCAGCACCAAACGAAAGGCGCCGACUCAGGACAGAGAUGAUCAGAUGAGUGAUGAGGAAAUUGCCAAGCAGCUACAGAUGGAUGAGGACAUGGAGCUGGAGAAGCAGAUCCAUGAGGACGAGGAGUUUGCCAGAACUCUGGCCCUGCUGGACGAGGAGCCUCAAGCCAAGAAGGCUCGUAAAAGCUCAGAUGAAAACCCAGCCGCUACCACAAUCCCCAAAAAGAGCACUGCAGUCUCUGCAGCUGGCAGCAAGAGCAGCCCGUCAAAGACCAACCCAAGGAAAAGCAUAUCGGAGGACGUGAUUAGUCCCUCUCCUAAAAAGUUCCCCACCCCCGUCAAAGCCAGCUCCAAACUGGCCAUAAUGAAGAAAAAAGAGGAGGAGAGAGACGAGGGGCCAAAGGGCAAAACACCAAUUUCACCUGCAAAAAUAAAAAUCUCUCCCAAAAAGGAGCCGAUCGCUUCAGCAAGCAUUGAUAAGAACCUCACUCCCAAAACAGGCACCACACCAAUCACAGUUAAAACUUCUCCCAAGAAACCAGAAAUGAGCAAGAGCACAAGUACGAGUCCUGACGAUGCAGAGAAGAAGAAGAUCAACUCUUCGGCGUACAGGAACUACCUCAACAGAGAUGGACCGCGAGCCCUGGGCUCCAAGGAAAUCCCGCAGGGUGAGGAGAACUGUUUGGAGGGCUGUGUGUUUGUGCUGACGGGCGUCUUGGAGUCCAUCGAAAGGGAUGAUGCCAAAUCCCUCAUCGAGCGCUACGGUGGCAAAGUGACGGGCAACAUCAGCAAGAAGACCACGUACCUGGUGCAAGGCAGAGACAGCGGAGUCUCGAAGCUCGAGAAGGCGGAGAGUCUUGGUACCAAGAUCCUGGAUGAGGAUGGUCUGUUGGAGCUGAUCAGAACCAAACCAGGAAAGAAAUCCAAGUAUGAGAUUGCUGCAGAGGCUGAGAACAAAUCCUCAAAGACCAGGACUCCCCCCAGCAAGCCAUCAAAGAGCACCCCCCAGUCCCAGAAGAUCUCUCCCUCCAAGGGUAAUUCCAGGUCCCCUCACACACCGAGUCCGUCAAAGACCGGACUGGCACAAGGCCACGCAGCCAGAAACGGAGACGGCGGCACACCUCCUGGGAGAGGGUCAGGUCACACAGCCCGGAGGGGGCUGGGCCUUUCCUCCUCCACUUCUUCAUCUUCACCCCCCGGACCAUCAUCCCCAUCAGGAGGGGAUGCAAGUCUGCUGUGGGUUGAUAAGUACCGCCCCAACUCUCUGAAGACUGUUAUUGGCCAGCAGGGAGAUCAGAGCUGUGCCAAUAAGCUGCUGCGCUGGCUGCAGAACUGGCACAAACACCACAGCGGAGGCACAUCCAAACCACCAGCAGUUGCAAGGUUUGGUAAGUUUGGAGGAGGGAAAGAUGAUGGAUCAGGGUACAAAGCUGCUCUGCUCUCAGGACCUCCAGGUGUGGGGAAGACCACCACAGCUGCCCUGGUCUGUGAGGAGUUGGGCUUCAGCUACGUGGAGAUGAACGCCAGCUGUACUCGCAGCAAAAACAGUCUGAAAGAAGUCGUCGCAGAGUCACUCAACAACACCAGCAUCGAGAACUUCUACAAAGGCACAUCUCAGAAAGUGAGCAGUAAACACGUCCUGAUCAUGGAUGAGAUUGAUGGCAUGGCUGGCAACGAGGACCGUGGAGGAAUCCAGGAGAUGAUCGGCCUGAUCAAAAAUUCAAAGAUUCCCAUCAUCUGCAUGUGCAACGAUCGCAACCACCAGAAGAUCAGGUCACUGGCCAACUACUGCUUCGAUCUGCGCUUCCAGAGGCCACGAGUGGAACAGAUCAAGGGAGCCAUGAUGUCCAUCGCUUUCAAGGAGGGAAUCAAGAUCCCGCCCCCAGCCCUCAACGAAAUUAUCCUCGCCUCCAACCAGGAUGUCCGACAGGUGAUCCACAACCUGAGCAUGUGGUCGGCCAAAGACAAGGUGAUGACGUACGACCAGUGCAAGUCUGACGCAGCCAGCGCCCGCAAGGACAUGAAACUGGGGCCGUUUGAUGUUUGUAGAAAGGUGUUUGCCUCCGGGGAGGAGACCGCCCACAUGAGCCUCAUCGAUAAGUCCGACCUCUUCUUCCAUGACUAUUCGCUGGCGCCGCUCUUUGUCCAAGAGAACUACCUGCACGUUCGGCCAAAGGCUGCCGGCGGGGACCUCAAGUCCCACCUGAUGUUACUCAGCAAGACAGCUGACUCCAUCUGUGAAGGAGACCUGGUGGACAGACGGAUCCGCUCUGGGCAGAACUGGUCCCUGCUGCCCACUCAGGCCAUCUAUGCCAGUGUGUUACCAGGUGAGCUGAUGAGAGGCUACAUGAGUCAGUUCCCCACCUUCCCCAGCUGGCUCGGCAAGAACUCCUCCACCAGUAAACAUGCCCGCAUCGUCCAGGAGCUGGCCUCACACAUGGGCUUAAAAACGAUGAGCAGCAGACAGGCGGUGAACCUUGACUACCUGCACUACCUGCGGCAGGCGCUGCUCAACCCACUUCAGAGGCACGGAGCGGAGGGCGCCAACGAGGCCGUGCAGCUGCUGGACGACUACCAGCUCAUCAAGGAGGACGUGGACAGCAUCAUGGAGAUCAGUGUCUGGGGCGGACAACCGGACCCCUACUCCAAACUGGACUCUAAGGUGAAGGCAGCGUUCACACGGGCCUACAACAAAGAAGUUCACCUGACGCCAUAUUCCCUGCAAGCGGUGAAGAAGGGCCGACGUGGUGGCGGCGCGGGGGAGUCUGAGCCGGGAGGAGAGGACAUUGACAACGAAGAGCAGGAGUCUGAGGACGAGGGCCUCAAAACUGACGCCAUGAUCAAACAGAAGAAGGCUAAAGUAACCAAGGAGACGAAGAAGGAGAAGAAGGAGGACUCUGGGAAGGACAAAGGCAAGGGGAAAGGCAAAGGCAAGGCCAAGAAAUGACCGAUGACCAGAGGACAGAAACUCUCCUGGUCUGCCUCCCGCUGCUCUCACAGACUGUAAUAUUCUGUCUCUGCACUAGCAACGCUCCUUUAACUAGCAUCAGAAAGCAAUGGACUGGUCUUAACCUCUGCAGGUAACCCACCUCUCCCUCAAACUUUCAUUCAACCACGCUAAGAAAUGUUUUUCAGAUUUUUUUUAACUUCCUGUCAUGUUUCCAUCAGUGUCUCCAUACUGAACAAAUGAUGGACAUUAUCUAGUCUACCAUUCAUUAUUAUCAUGU